AUGGCUGAUCCUGGAAACAGAGGAGGGCUCUACCGUCCCUUGAGCCUCACCUGCUCCCUGCUCAUUGUGGGAAUGUGCUGUGUGUCUCCUUUAUUCUGUCAUAGCCAGACAGACCUGCUGGCUCUUGACCAAGCUGAUCCCCAGUGCUGGGAAUCCUCCUCAGUGCUCCUCCUGGAAAUGCGGAAACCUCGGAUUUCCAACACUGUGUCAGGUUUCUGGGAUUUCAUGAUCUACCUGAAGUCAUCGGAGAACUUGAAGCAUGGGGCACUGUUUUGGGAUCUGGCCCAACUCUUCUGGGACAUCUAUGUGGACUGUGUCCUCUCCAGGAACCAUGGCUUAGGAAGGAGGCAAUUGGCUGGAGAGGAAGAGGAGAUCUUGGCAGUGCAUCCACCGCACUCAGGGAGGAAACAAGGUGCACAUUCUCAGCAACCAAGAAUCCUUUCCCUGAAGAAGAAAGAGAUUGAAGAUUUGCUAAGCCUGUACAUACGCAGGAGAGGGUCUAAGUCAGUUGGAAAAGCAAGCAGUGGCCUUGAAAUAGAGAGAAAAUAAAUCUAACUUCAGAGCUAACUCAAGCGUUGGAAUUUAAAAAUAUAUAUAUUUUUCUUGACAAUUGAUCAUUUAUUCACUUGAAAUGGUGGGAAUGUCCAGAGAUAAAUAUUAAGCCACAGAGUACUUAGUUUCAUUCGUUUAGGCUGCUAGCAUGUUCCUUCAAAUGAUGACCUUUCUGCCAGAUCAUCCCACAAUCUGAAAGACUUAAAAGAGCUUUCAAAGAUGAGUAGGGGUUGUGGGACACUCUUUGUAUUCAUUUUGACCAUUUGUUUUGGGAUGCAUGACAUUGUUAAUGAACUAGAGUGCCAUACAUUUAACUUGAAUGCGUUGCAUGACUUCCAAGCCAUUAACCACUGGAUUGCUUAUGCACAGGCAUAUUAAUUAGCAGUUACUGAUGACCUGUGAUACCCGAAUCUUGUUUGAAAGAAUAUUUUUG